UUAUAGAUUGAAUAAGCUGACCUACAUGCACGUGACCGCAUACCUACACAUCCGAUGGUUGCAAGAUGCCGCGUAUGUUUUUUUCUUCAGCUUUCAGUAUCAUCAGCACACCAAUCUUUUUGGUCGAGCAAGUUAAUUCAUGUAUCCUUUCCGCAGCAUUCUCUAAUUGCCAUAACAUUUACUCCACUUGCAAUGUUCAUUCCGGCGUGCCCGAGCUCGCACGUUCCUCAGGAACAUCCAUCCGUGAAAACCGAGCACUACCAUUUACAUCUGAAGCGCCCUAUGCUGUCACCAUCUCUAAUCUCGACGCUAGACAGCACGAUGCAGCUACUUUUGUCGUGGCAUUGUGAUAUCACGGUUCAACGUUCAACAUGUCACGGUAGAUGAUCAAUCGGACUACUUCCAUUUGAUCUCUUUGAUAGGUCUAGACACACAUGUUGUCAAGUCGUGUCUUUUAUUAAUCAACCGUUUUUACUUUGCUCCCCGUGAUUCCUCUUCCCCUUUUUUGCAGAAUCCAUUUC